CCGCCUGGCCCUGUCUUGCAGAGUCAUGUCACGCCCAGGCCGGCCGCAGGCUCCAUGAGGAUUUCUAGAAGAUGCUCCGCGUCUCUGUACCUCUGUUGCUGCUUUUCGUGUGGCUCCUGACAGCGGCCUGCAGCCCCCACGCCCUGAGGAUUGCUGCUAUCUUGGAUGACCCCAUGGAGUGCAGCAGAGGGGAGCGGCUCUCCAUCACCCUGGCCAAGAACCGCAUCAACCGUGCUCCCGAGAGGCUGGGCAAAGCCAAGGUCGAAGUGGACAUCUUUGAGCUUCUCAGAGACAGCGAGUAUGAGACUGCGGAAACCAUGUGUCAGAUCCUCCCCAAGGGCGUGGUUGCUGUCCUGGGCCCAUCUGCCAGCCCUGCCUCCAGCUCCAUCAUCAGCAACAUCUGUGGGGAGAAGGAGGUCCCUCAUUUCAAAGUGGCCCCAGAGGAGUUUAUCAAGUUCCAGCUACAAAGAUUCACCACCCUGAACCUGCACCCCAGCAACACGGACAUCAGCGUGGCUGUGGCUGGGGUCCUGAACUUCUUCAACUGCACCACGGCCUGCCUCGUCUGCGCCAAAGCGGAAUGCCUUUUGAACCUGGAGAAGCUGCUCCGGCAGUUCCUGAUCUCCAAGGACACCCUCUCCGUCCGGAUGCUGGAUGACACCAGGGACCCCACCCCCCUCCUCAAAGAGAUCCGGGACGACAAGACCGCCACCAUCAUCAUCCACGCCAACGCCUCCCUGUCCCGCACCAUCCUCCUCAAGGCAGCUGAGCUGGGCAUGGUGUCGGCCUAUUACACAUACAUCUUCACCAAUCUGGAGUUCUCACUGCAGAGCAUGGAUGGCGUGGACGAACGCGUCAACAUCCUGGGAUUUUCCAUUUUCAACCAGUCCCACGCUUUCUUCCGAGAGUUUGCCCAGAGCCUCAACCAGUCCUGGCAGGAGAACUGUGACCACGUGCCCUUUCGGGGGCCAGCGCUCUCAUCGGCCCUGCUGUUCGACGCCCUCUACACGGUGGUGACCGCUGUGCGGGAGCUGAACCGGAGCCAGGAGAUCGGCGUGAAGCCCCUGUCCUGCGGCUCUGCCCAGAUCUGGCAGCACGGCACCAGCCUCAUGAACUACCUGCGCAUGGUAGAAUUGGAAGGUCUCACCGGCCACAUUGAAUUCAACAGCAAAGGCCAGAGGUCCAACUAUGCCUUGAAAAUCUUACAGUUCACAAGGAAUGGCUUCCAGCAGAUUGGCCAGUGGCACGUGGCAGAUGGCCUCAGCAUGGACAGCCGCCUCUACGCCUCCAACACGUCCAACAGUCUCUUCAACACCACCCUGGUCGUCACCACCAUCCUGGAAAACCCAUAUUUAAUGCUGAAGGGGAAUCACCAGGAGAUGGAAGGCAAUGACCGCUACGAGGGCUUCUGUGUGGACAUGCUCAAAGAGCUAGCAGAGAUCCUCCGGUUCAACUACAGGAUCCACCUGGUCGGGGAUGGUGUGUACGGCGUUCCCGAGGCCAACGGCACCUGGACAGGAAUGGUCGGGGAGCUGAUCACGAGGAAAGCAGACCUGGCCGUGGCUGGCCUCACCAUUACCGCUGAGCGCGAGAAGGUGAUUGAUUUCUCCAAGCCGUUCAUGACUCUGGGGAUUAGCAUUCUUUACCGCGUUCACAUGGGACGCAAGCCUGGCUACUUCUCCUUCCUGGACCCAUUCUCUCCAGGUGUCUGGCUCUUCAUGCUUCUGGCCUACCUGGCCGUCAGUUGCAUCCUCUUCCUGGUGGCUCGGUUGACCCCUUACGAGUGGUACAGCCCGCAUGCCUGUGCCCGGGGCCGGUGCGGCCUGCUGGUGAACCAGUACUCCCUGGGCAACAGCCUCUGGUUUCCGGUCGGCGGCUUCAUGCAGCAGGGUUCCACCAUCGCCCCGCGGGCUUUGUCCACGCGCUGUGUCAGCGGUGUCUGGUGGGCGUUCACGCUGAUCAUCAUCUCCUCCUACACGGCCAACCUGGCCGCCUUCCUGACGGUGCAGCGCAUGGACGUGCCCAUCGAGUCGGUGGACGACCUGGCCGACCAGACCACCAUCGAGUACGGCACCAUCCACGGUGGCUCCAGCAUGACCUUCUUCCAAAACUCCCGCUACCAGACCUACCAGCGCAUGUGGAACUACAUGUACUCCAAGCAGCCGAGCGUGUUCGUGAAGAGCACGGAGGAGGGGGUCGCCAGGGUGCUCAACUCCAACUACGCCUUCCUCCUGGAGUCCACCAUGAAUGAGUACCACCGGCAGCGCAACUGCAACCUCACGCAGGUCGGGGGCCUGCUGGACACCAAGGGCUACGGCAUCGGCAUGCCCGUCGGCUCGGCCUUCCGGGACGAGUUCGACCUGGCCAUCCUCCAGCUACAGGAGAACAACCGCCUAGAGAUCCUGAAGCGCAAGUGGUGGGAAGGGGGGACGUGCCCCAAGGAGGAGGACCACCGAGCCAAAGGACUGGGAAUGGAGAAUAUUGGUGGAAUCUUUGUGGUUCUUAUUUGUGGCUUAAUCGUGGCCAUUUUUAUGGCCAUGUUGGAGUUUUUAUGGACUCUCCGACACUCAGAAGCUACCGAGGUGUCCAUCUGCCGGCAGAUGGUGGCGGAGCUGCGCGGCAUCAUCCUGUGCCAGGACGGCGCCGGCCCCCGCCGGCGGCGCGCGGGGGUGCGGCCCGGGGCCCCAGGCCCCGAGGAGCGCCCGCCCCGCGCCAGCGCCACGCUCAGCAACGGGCAGCUGUGCGGGGCGGCAGCGGAGCCCGAGCAGCUGGCGCGGCGGCUGGCGCGGGAGGCGGCGCUGGCGGCGCGGGGCUGCGCGCACGUGCGGGUCUGCCCCGAGUGCCGCCGCUUCCAGGGCCCGCGCCGGGCCGCGCGCGGCGAGGAGGGCCCGGCCUGGGAGCGCGCGCCCGGCGGCGGCGAGCCCGAGUAGCUGGACCGCGGCCGCCAGC